AUGAUUAUAAUUUCUAAAUCUGAGGCCACAAGAGAGUGUAGUGUCGAUGGCAUUGAGUACUUCCUCUUAAGUGACAGUAAACGUCUUCUACGCCACAGAUAUAUAUCAACGACAUCAGAGCAUUUUUUGGACAUUUCUACCGAAGUGUCUAUUGUAGAGAUGGUAGUGUCGGUGCUGUACACAUCCCGGCCCUCAACGACUAGGGACCGGGACACUACAUCCCAUACCACUUACAUACCAGUCCCCCCGCCAUCGAUGCCAACCGACCGAAACAUCUCAUGGUUUAGGCUCUCAAAUGUGUGCGAGAAUGUGGUGCGAAAGGGAACGUGUUGUGAACACUCAACACAUAUACUGUACUACACGGCAAACAUUUGGCUACCGUUCCCUAUAUUCCAUAGCCUGUGGGCCCCCAGAGCACAGGCAUCCGAUAGAGCGCCAGUUGUCCGGACUCUCAUCACUCGGUUUUGUGCGUCAAAUGAUUAG